AUGAGUUCAUCGAACCCGUUCAUCCUUAAUUGUAAUACGCAGGAAAAUCCCGGCCAGGUUCCAAGCACUCCGAAGACUGAGCAAUCAGUGGCUCCAGACGUCGGUCGCCAUGGACCUAUGCAGGGCCUUCCCUCAUUGAUCCCACAAGAAAUCUACCCUUUGGCCGCUAAUUUGAGGCCUGUACUUCCAAGAGGCGUCAGUGAUCGAGAGAUUGUAAGGCCGAUGAACCCAGCCAUGGCUCAGCGAAAUGUCGCCCCCGAAGAUGGUCAUCAGCAGGGUGGUAACGACAUGUGGCCAUCCACCCAGUCAAAGUCUUCACCUCAUAGCCAGCUGUUCAUCGGCAGUGUGUAUCACGCCGUCCAAAAUAUUGACCAAUAUGGCCCGUUGACGUUAUGUCUUCUUGGCCGUGAUUUGACGCGCGAAAUUGUGAACAGAACCGUGGACCUCUUCUCUCACAUCAAAACUUUGCAGUUGCCAUUAUCCACCGAAACCUUCAAACAGCAACAGGAAAAGCAGCUACGAGCUCAAGAAUCGUUGAAGCACAUCGUUUACCUCUUCAAUCGUCUUGAGUCGAUCGGAAAGAAGCUGGAGCAGUUUCAACGAAUAAUCUUGCCGGAAAAUGUCGACAACAUGGUGACGGAUCUGAUUCCCCUGGUAGAUAAGCCUAAUAAAACUCUUGACGAAAUACGCCAGGCGACGACGUCUCGUGAAAGCUAUCAAAAGCUGUUGAAUGCUUUCGAGGAAACAAGAGCGAAGCUGCAAGAAAAGCGAGACAUCUUGUUCGAGAAUAUCGAAUUUUUUCGACAGAUUUCUUGGGAAAUCGCUGCACUCCUGGAGUAA